AUGCCCAUCCUCAAGAUUAAAAUGCCUCAUCCUACAGCGUCAACUUCAAAUUCUCCUCCCUCUACAGCGCCAACUCCCGCACAUUAUACUUCGACUCCGACUCCCAUUCAAGGAAAGUCUCACCCUUCACAUACUCACAAAUCAUCCACUUCGAGAUCUGCCAGUCCCGAACGUCCUCCUGUUUCUCCCAUCACUCCCACAUUAUCGGCCGCAAGGCUAGCCUCAACCUCCCAUGUAAAUACGAAUGCGAACCUAGGAGUCGCCGCGAAAAAUGGAAAGGCGGUAUUGGAAUCGCAAUCAUCGGGUUACGCGCAACGAAGUCAUGUCGGAGGAAAGAAUAUCGCAAUCAUGAAUAAUACGAUCGCAGCUCAGAAUAGUACUCCUCAGCAAAUGCCAACCCAUCCAGCCAUGCAAGCGCAAGCCCAUGCGCUCAGAGAAACAUAUACCCAUACACAACAAGCGCCACAAGUAUCGAUGCCGCAACCGAAACCGUCGCCACAAACGAUCGAUUUGAGUCAGAAUCCAGAUGCUCUGGCUGUAAAAAGUGCGAUUUCGAUAUUACAGCUGCAGAUGAGAAAUGCGAAAAGGGACAUGGUUACGUUGCAGAGGAUUAAAGAGAGGGCGAUGGAGGAUCCGGAGGGAUUUGUGGAAAGUCUAAAGGAAGGGGAACAGAGGGAGAGGGAGGAAAAUGCGAGGAGCAGGGGAAGAAUGGUCGUGGAUGCGGAAAGUAGUAGUGAUGAGGAUGAAGAUGAGGAGUCUCAGGAGGGCCAACAGAUCAAUGGAGCGCAGGCCCAAAAUCUAAAGUGGGAGACUCUACCAAAACCCCAGAACGUAGUACGUUGUCCACCGGUUAACUGGGCGAAAUAUGGAGUCAUGGGAGAGAGUCUAGAUAGGCUACACGCAGAUCAAAUACGAGAACCAAGUCAAGGAAUACCGGCUACCAUUAAUGCGGACUGGAGCACGACGCACAAAUAUGGAGAUGGAACGAAGGAGGAAUACGUGAUGCAGAAACCACUCGGACUAAACGACGUGAAACCGAAGAAAAAAAGAUCCCCUGCUAGUAAAAAAGAUUGA